UAGUCAUUGGAUCACAACAGCUCUUUUACGAUGGAAACCAGACAGCUUCAGUCAGCUGGGGCAUUUAGACUAUAACUAUUCAAGAGGCUUAGUCAGCCGAGCUUUGCUCAUAUAGCUCUUCAGCUAUGCCUAUUGAAGACCUGCGUGACCAGUUUGACAUGCAGCUGCUGCUGAAACUUAGUUUCUCUGCAGCUGCUGUGUUAUUGGUUUCUUGGGCCUACAGAUUCUACAGAUCCAAAGACGUGAAAGAAACCACGCCCUGUGGUGGGGAAAACACAGAGAUACAGAAUACUGCCAGCCAUGAAUACAAGAGGACACGACAGAAGUUGUGUUUUCAAGACAAGGAUGAUGAGAGGAAGCAUGACUCAGCUACUGAUGACUUGAAAUCUGACAGCACCCACGGAAUACACGUUAAAUUUCCAUUACAACAAGUUGAUAAGAGCAAGGAGGUAUGUAGCCCAUCAAAUAUUGAUCAAAAUAAAUGCAUGGACAAGGAAAUGCUUCAGAAGGAUCUGCCAACUAUUUCCUGUUCUAAUAUUGCAUUUGAAUCUGCUUUGGAGAUCCAUGAUCCAACAGAUGAUAGAAUGACAGCUAUCACUGGACGUCGCUCCCCUUGCUUUUGGACAAAGCAUGAGGGUGGUGUGGGUGUUGGCAGAGAAUUAAGGCAGGACUUAGAGCACCAGGGGGUCUACUCCAGUUUCCUCUCUAAGGCAAAGAUCAAGGUAGAAGAUGCCACAGUAGUACUGGAUGGAUCAGGACACAAGAUUGUAAACGGGAAAAUAUACGACUAUUACGUUGAGUCCAAAUCUCAUUCAGUUAAAGAUUCAAAACCUUUGCUUGCCCAUUAUGAGAGGAACACUGUUACAAACAGGACCUAUAGAAAAGAAAACAUAAGCUUCAGUGAUUCUCCUUCAUCUGGAAGUCCUAUCAUUAUGCGUGAUCUCGUUCUUCCAUCAAGCUCUGCUGCAGAGGACUUUUCAGAAGGAAGCCUGAGGCACCCCGAAAGGCCUUCAGGCCUAUACAAGGAAAGCUAUGAGUCUGCAGAACGACAGUUGGCCACUUCCUUUCCAUUUCAGGUUUCAAGAAACUCACCCCCAGUGACUCCCUCUAGGACCCCAUCAAGCAAUGACUCUGUGUUUCUUCAAACCGCAAAAGAUAAAAAAGAGGUUGAUGUCGAGAAUAGUGCUUCUUUCAUGCAACUUCCAGCAGAAAUCUUCCUUGGCACAGAUCUGGAAGUUCUAAAAAGUAAUCUUGAUCUUGGUAACUGUUUAGAGAUACUCCAUCAAGCCAAGAAAACUGGCCACAAAUCUGUUCAUCAGGCUGCCCUGGAGGUCAUGUCAGACAACUACUUACAGGUGCUCAGGGACCCCACCCUUUAUGGACAGCUAACGGCUAAUGAGCGGGAAAGAAUUAGGAGGCAGAGAAUGAGAGGGCGAAGAUUUGUCAUAGUUGCAGAUAUGGUCCCUCAGGACUGGCUGAGAAAUACAGCAGGACAGACUGCAAAAUCAGAGCUGAGGAACAUGUCUAGUGCAAUGUACUAUUAUGAUGACUACAAAGACGUCUGGCAUUCUCUCUGUCUUAUCCCACAGGAGGUCAUCUCUAAAGCCUGUGCUAUGUGCACAAUGGAUAACUACUUAUUUGUGGCAGUAGGUUGUCAAGGCAGUGACAGAGAAAUGAUACCCUCAAAGCGAGUGUUUUGCUACAAUCCUUUGACAUCUAUUUGGAAAGAGAUCAGUCCUAUGAAUGAAGCCAGGCCCCGCUGCAAACUGGCAGCACUGGAGGGCUACAUCUACGCCAUUGGAGGGGAAUGUCUCUCCUCUGUGGAGCGCUAUGACCCCCGACAGGACAGAUGGACAUUUGUGGCCCCACUACCUAAUGAUACAUUUGCUGUUGCACAUCAUGUCACUGUGUGCAGUGGAGAGCUCUUUGUUUCAGGGGGUACUCUUAGAUAUAUGCUACUUCGCUACAACCCCCAGACAAACACCUGGAGGCCAAGUCUUAUAGUGGGCAACAAAGACAAAUCUAUAGAUAUGGUUGCUGUGGGAAAAUUUCUCUAUCGAUUUGAAGUUAACCCACUGCUGGGAGUCAGUGUUUACCGCUACCAUACAGUUGCACGACUUUGGUAUGAGUGCAGCUCAAAGCGACUGCUUCAUUGCCCGGCCUUCCAGUGUAUCGCAAUGGAUGGAACAGUUUACUGCCUCAGCCGACACUUCACCAUGAAAUUCGAGGCUGAUGAGAUCUCUCCUGCUUUUGCAGAUGAGGAGAUGAGUGUCCUCUCUAAAGCCAAGGGUUUACUGUUCCCCUUUGUCCUUUCACUACCUGAUAUGAAUCCUCGACAGACAAGUGUAUAAAAAGGUUUUAGAUGUUUUUAUUUUUCAUAAGAUGUUAUAGCAGCUAAAUACUUCUAUAAGAGGAUGUUUGAAACAUGGGUAAUAACUGGCAGAGGGAAUUUUAUUUUCUUGCAACUAAUUACAAAUCUGUAAACCUUGCAUUUCCAUUUAUAUGAAAUUAUAUUUUAAUACCAUCGUCAUAAAGCCACAAUGCAAAUGUUUCAUAAACCACAUUUUUUUUGGACUGGGUAUUAAACAAAGAUAUGUGUUUUUUAUGUCCUGUGCUUGGCAGUAGAUUAAAAAGAUUAGACUUUUAAUGGUAGUCAGAUUACUGAUUGUUUAGAUUUACACAGGACUUGCUGCCAUGUUAAUUGUUUGCUGCUUUGAUUUGCCACUCCUUUCUCCCAUUCUGGUAGUUUAAUGCCAUCCCAGAUGCUUAACCUCUUUACUGAAAAAAGUAAUUCAUGAAAACAUUCUAGUGUAAAUUAGUUAUCUAAUUUUGAAGACUCAUAGUUUAUGCAAUAAACUGAUAAUUUACCUCUGUGCUCAUCUGUGUGAGCCAUGGGUUUAUCUUAUGCAUUAGUCUGGAUACAAUGCAAUUAUCUAAAGUUGCUCUUUAAAGAAAUGACAGAGUGUAAAUGGGUAUGCCAUGCAAAUAAAUUGUUAGCUUGCAAAACAUUUUUUCACAUUUUAAUCUGUGACAUUUAGCAUUUUGCAGGUAUUUGUCAUUGCCGUAACAAUCCUUUCGUUAAAAAUAAUCUGUUGGCUCAAUGAGUAGAAUAAUUUUCUUAUAAAAGUCAGAUAUCUUUCCUAUGUAAUCUAUUUUUAAUGAACAUCAAAUACAAAUACAAAAGUAUGUUUUACUACUUAUGAGUCCAUAGAUAAUACUUACCACCAGAGGUGGAUAGUAACCAGUUACAUUUACUCGGUUAUAUUUACUUAAGUAACCUUAUGAAAAAAAAUCUAUUUUACGAACUAUUUUACUUCAUAAUAUGUUUUACUUUAAUUUGAGUUAUAUAAGUUAUAUAUCAUAAAUUAUCGCUCCUCUUACUUGAAAGAAAUGUUAGCCUACUCCAUCGACCAUGACUAACUUCACUGAAUAACAAACAAGUUUGUUUCCAACAAAAGUGCUUUAAAAAAAGACAUAUACUUCCUAUUUAUGUCAAAAUGAGAGUUCCUUUUUAAUACAUAUGCUUACUAUAUAUCUGGUAAACCCGUUAUGACAUUUGGAGGUUUAGCCAAUAAUAAUAAAUAAAACAAUAUUUUCCCUUGGGAUAUUUUACACUUUUUAACAUAUAUACAUUUUAAACUGUAAGAAGUUAUGUUUUUCUUAUGUUAAAAAGAAACUUUAUUUGAAAAAGUGUUUCUUCUGCUUGGAUUUGUUUGAAAUACAUUAGAUGUGUUUGUUUUAAUGAUUUCAUGAUACUCUUUCAAAUACCAGAGAUUACAGAUAACUACAUUUAAUCUGUCUUAUUACAUCAUUUAAAACAGUAAAUCAUUAUGAUGAGUUACUAAGAAUAUGAGUAGGCUUUUUAGAAAAUGGUUUUCUAAAAUGGCUCGGAUGGCUUCUUUCUACUCUUACUUGAGGAAAAAUACAAUAAAGAGUUGUUCCUCCAACUUGAUUACAAUUUGGGGUUCUCUGCCACCUCUGAUUACCACCAAGAAUGCCGUUUUUGUAUUCUUGGUUUGCUUGUUUUUUGCCUUCAAACUGGAGAAAAAAACAUAAAUAUUAUCAAAACACAAAGAUCUAACACAAGAAUCUAAACAUCAUUAAUAUAAACAAAAAAUAUUUUCGAAGGAAUUUUCUCAAACUACAAACUGAAGUUAUAUACCUGAAUGACAGAGGGUGAUAUGCUGCUAUAGCACCAUCAUGUGGUUUAGAAAGUUAACAAGCAUGUACUUUGCUUGACUAGUUUUGUAGGUUUACCAUAACACAUGCAUACAUGGGACAUAUGAACAUUUGUGCAGUAGAGUGACUAAACAAUUACAUGCCUACACAAGGAGGUAGCAGAAAGUUAAAAAAGGGUUGUAUACACAUUGUUAACCAUAACGUAAAAGAAUCUGAUCCUUAUAAAACAAUGUCAUUUUUUUUAUGGAACACAGAAUUAGAAAUAUGAAUAUUCAUUUCAGUUUCUCUCUUAUGAAGAUGGUGAAGAGUGAAAGUGAAAUAUAAUCCGGUAUGGAAGUCCCUCAAUAACAAUAUACAGAAAUAUUGUAUGCACAAAGCCUCAUGGGAUUGAGAUAUGCAGGGUAGGAUUGCUUCUUUUUCAAUACUCCUCAAGAGGAUUCCCAUGUGACACCAGCAAAUUGCUCUAACUAGCCUCUAAGUGCCUUUUAGUACUGAUGAUUUAACAGAUUUUUCAUGUCUGCUGAGUCUUAGCUGAAACUUGCUUUGACAAGGAGUUUUAUCACAGGCCUUUAUCUUAGCCAUCAAUAUUAUGCAAAACUCUACAAUUUAUAGAAGAAAACCCUGACUCACAGAGUUGUGACAGCUAUUCAAUUGAUGUUAAUGCCCUGAAUGAGCAGUUAAGGGCUGACCUCAGCUCUCAGCAGGGCAGGUCUUCUCUCAAAGACGUCUGCAUUAAAGUCCCACCGGGGUCUGCGGUCUACAUGGAUGGUGCUGUUAGCUAUUGUUGGCUUCCGAGUGAACUAUGUCAGAAGGAAUAAACACACACAGACAGCAAAGAGCAAUGAGGGAAGAGGGAUAUAUAUAGAGGCUAGAGAAAUGAGCCCAGCUCUAAGAUCAGCAAAGAUCACAUUUCACUAUUGAUCCACAGUGUUGCACCGUAUUUUUAAAGUAAUUUCUCCUCUGAAAUUCUAAAACAGCAGCCGAUCGCUAAACCUCUUCUUGAUGCAAUCAGUCUUUUAUUUGAGCCCUUCCUAGUAGGAGACUAAGAUGAUGUUAGAUGAACCAAGCUUCCUGAAUAACCUCGCAAUAUAUUGUAAUACUGCUAACUGAGGUUCUAAAUAAUACAAAAACAAUCAGGGCAUAGUAGUAUGAUUUAGUUUCAAAAGAAGCUGAUUAGUCAGUCUCUUCAUUUUGAUGGUAUAAAUUGAGUUCAGAUAAUAAAGUAAAAAUUCUUGGUGUUAUAUGUGAUCAUGACCUGUCAUUUAUGUAUAUCAAAGAGGUUUCUAGAAUUUCCUUCUUUCAUCUGUGGAAUAUUAAAAUCAUUAGAAAUAUCCUGUCCAGGGGUGAUGCUGAGAAACUAGUCGAUGCAUUUGUUACUUCAAGGGUGGAAUAUUGUAAUUCUUUACUAUCAGGAAGUCCCCAAACUGCAGUUAAAAGCCUCCAACUAAACCAAAAUUCUGCAGCCAUCAACAACUUUGUUUUUUAGAUUGGCCUGUUUUCCAGUGUAGUCCUGUUUCUCUGACUGUGACUGGCUGGAUGUGCUCUCUUCAUCCUCUGACAUGGGAGCUGGCACGGGGCUUGUC